AUGAAGGUCAAGCAGCUCAACACACAGCCUAGAGCUACCGUUAUAAACUGGGCGUACUUCGUCCGGCGCUACUUUGAGCGGCCUAAGAUAGACUGUUGGUUAGUAUUAAAAGUCAAAUCGUACAUCGCGAUGAAAGCACCUGUCAAACUUGUGAUGGUUGGCUUGAGAAGAAAAAAGGAGAGGAGGGGUAAGACAGGCGCUUGGCGUCAUUAUACUUGUGUAGCCCGGGGUGUUACCGGCCGGUAG